AUGCGACUCACGCUUGACAUCAUCCGCCGCGCUCCACAAUUCACCAACACACUGCGGCAGCGUGAGAUUGAUCUGCGAGGCCUUGGCCUUACGGUUCUUGAUGAGCGGCCCCUGUUAUUGUUGAACAAUAGCUUCGAUGUGCUGAACCUCUCGCAGAAUCCUCUUGUACGUUUAGAGUACUUCCCCAGCGGCAGUACCGUCAACAGCAGCAUUGGCACAAGUAGCAGCAAUGGCGGAGCUAUGCCGACAACGGCGGGGGACACCACCACUGUGGAGCCGGAACGGAAAAUGAUGCUGCGGUUGCAGUCUCUAAUUGUGCACCGCAACCGUCUCUCGCACGUGAGUGUACCGACGUGCGCGGCGGUGCUGCCGAACUUGCGCGCCUUCUUGGCUGACCACAACGAGUUCCGUGAGCUUCGAGAUCUGCUGUUCCUCUCGCACUGGAAGCAGCUAGAAAUUCUCUCCAUCGAAAACAACCCUGUAACCCUCCAUGAGAGCGAUGAGCGGUUGCGGGCCUUUGUCGUCUUCCUGUGCCCGAAGCUGAAGCUUGUCAACUACCAGCGUGUGACGCAGACUGACAGGCGUAAUGUGGAGACAAUGCGAGUCGAGUUCGAGCAGCGUGUGAAGGAGUGGCAACAGCAGUUGAAAGGAAGCGUCACGAGCAACGGCGCCGUGUCUGGUGCCGUUGUUGGUGGUGCACCUACCGAGAAGAAAAUGCGGAAACGUGGCCGUGAGGCACGCACCGCUGCCACAGUGAGUAGCAGCAGCAGCAGCAUGCCGAGUGGAAGCGUAGCACCCACCGCCGAUGGCCCGCCGGUGCCUGCUGCACAAACCGCAACUGUUGCAGCCACUGGUGGUGCCGACGACGUAGUCGACAGCACACAAGCCCGCCUGGAGGCACUGGAUGCGAAGAUGGCGGCCGCAGAGACGGAAGAGGAGCUGUUGGAAAUCCAGCAAGAGAUCAUGGAGCUGGAGGCGGCAGCGGCAGCAGCAACAUCCAGUAGGGCUCGAACCUCGUGA